GAAAGGGAUCCGAUCGACAAUCAAAGGUUCCCCAUUCCUCUUCAUCCUUGUGGCUGACCUCCUCCAGCAGAUGAUCAUUGAUGCCUCUGAACGGGGCCUCCUGCAGCAUCCACUUGUCACUGACCUCCCGUGCCCGGUGCUUCAGUACGCCGACGAUAACUCCUCUUAUCGUCCUCAAAGCCGAUCACAAUCAGCUCCUCAACCUCAAACUCAUUCUGGAUGACUUGUCCAACUUCACCGGGCUACCUGUCUCGUUCACGGCGGACGACCUGCUGUGCGCGACCGCGGAGAUCCUGGGGAAGAGCACCUACGGGACGGUGUACAAGGCGACCAUGGAUGGAGAACGGCAGCUACGUCGCGGUGAAGCGGCUCCGCGAGAAGAUCGCCAAGAGCCAGAAGGAGUUUGAGGCGGAGGUGAACGCGCUCGGCAAGAUCCGGCACCCCCCCAACCUCCUCGCGCUCAGGGCCUACUACAUACAUGGGGCCCAAAGGUAACCUCAACUUUUUCCUCCAUGCUCUUGCGCCGGAUAGCAGCCCGGUGGACUGGUCGACGAGGAUGAACAUCGCGAUGGGCGUGGAGACCGACGCCAACAUGGUGCACGGCAAUCUCACCAGCAACAACAUCCUCCUGGACGAGGGCAACAACGCCAAGAUCGCCGACUGCGGCCUGUCGCGCCUCAUGAGCGCGACGACCAACUCCAGCCCAGCGUGAUCGCCGCCGCGGGCGCGCUCGGCUACCGAGCCCCUGAGCUCUGCAAGCUGAAGAAGGCCAGCACCAAAUGCUCGAGCUCCUGACCGGCAAGUCGCCCGGAGACACGACCAACGGCCUCGACCUGCCGCAGUGGGUGGCCUCGGUCGUCCAAGAGGAGUGGACCAACGAGGUGUUCGACCUGGAGCUCAUGAAGGACGCUGCCGCUGGCUCGGAGACCGGAGAAGAGCUGGUCAAGACGCUGAAACUGGCAUUGCAUUGCGUUGAUCCUUCGCCACCAGCGAGGCCCGAGGCCCAGCAGGUCCUGCGGCAGGCAGCUUGAGCAGAUCAAGCCCUCUAUUGCGGUCUCUGCCGCCUCGUCCUUCACCGGUGAGCCCAGCCAUACUACUGCAACCGCCACCAGCGUCACCGACGACACGAAAUCUACAAUUACAGAGUAGUCAGCCCCUUGCAGACUGAAAUUUGCACUUCUUAGUUACUUCAGCUUCUCAAUAAGCAGACCUCAGGGUCGGUCUAUUCGUUUUUUCUUCAGUCUGUACAUACAAGUGUAGGGGGUAGGAGAAUUUUGGUUUGUGAUGUCAUUCUUUGGUUCCUGAAUUCAUUUGUAUCGAUCUGCCAGAAGCACUCCUCGUUAUCAGAAGAUGAUUCGGGAGUGCUGGCUUCCUAUUUAGUUUGAAAUGAAGUUUGAUGA